UGACUGGGGCAGCUGGGCAAGAUGGUUGUCCAGGGCAGAAGAUGGGUGCUGCCGUAAGCCCACCAAGGAACCAAUGGUGUUCAGGUGUUCAACAUGACUUUCAUGGGGUGCGGUACUUUUUCUUUCUCCGACGUAGCCUCCUGCUGUGCUGGCAGCUGGUCGGUACAUCAUGGAGUACCUCCUCCAUCUCUGGGACGGGAAGAACAGGCUAAAUCAGUUAAACAAUUGCCUCCAAAUCCUACUCAGUACCAGCUCUUAUCACACUUGGAGAACCUUCAGCCUUCACCAGAGAACAAUGUCGUCAUCUAAGGUGGGUUCUUAGAAGCUAGUGUAUGUAUGAGUGGUGUGUGCUAUCUUGCCAACCCUGCAGGUGAGAAUGGGCCUCCGGCACAGCGAUCUGCC